AUGUUUGCAGAUUGUGACGUGCGGGAGCAGGACAAGGAAAACGAUGAAGACGAUGACUAUCCUGUGACAAAAAAGCCGCAUCGUCCGACCACACCCCGGAGUACCUCGAGACGACCUAAUGACAGCCGCAGGGGUUCCGAGGACAAAGCGAAGCCGCCAAGAAAACACACUGAUUCAGAUAAGGAGACAAAGUAUCCGUCUUACAUUCGAGUGGACCAGCUCGACCAACCCACCACCAGCCCCACCUUCCCGAAAGCACGUUCGUCUAGAGAGUUAGUGGAGCAGUUUCUUGCUCAAGUCCCGCAGGCUCCGGGUCUGCCACCUUCGCUGUUCUCCGAGUUCGACGGCAGCGAGCGCGUGCCGGAACCUGAAGACACGUCUGUUAGCGAAGAGGUAGUCGAGGACGUAGCCCCCGCUCCGUCGCCGAGUCCCGUGAGCAAGGCUCCGGUGACGCAGACCUACUUCACGCUGACAUCGUCGUUCGGCUCGGGAGCGCGCGCUCGCACGCCGCCGCGUCCCCGGUUCGAGCGCUCGCUCGUACUGCGCGGAGAGCUCACCGUGCCGCGCGCCGACUACUCGGAGACUUACACCGUGUGGUACAAUGCUAAAACUGGAGAGGCUCGAGUAAGUUUCCACGGCGGGUCGACUUCUACAUACCGCACCGUGUUGCCGGACGGGAGCGUGCAGCGUCUUGAGAUGCGUGUGGAUCGUUCUGGAGACGGCCCGGUGCGUCGCUGCGGGAAGGCGGUGAGUCCGCCGAGCGCGGCGGACCGUGCGCUGCCCGCCCUGCCCGACGUUGAACUAUUCUCUUUCGAUGGCUACGAGGAAGUGGAGGUCGGCGGCGCGCUGGCGGAGCGCUGGCGGCACGAGUGGGCGGGGCGCGCGGGGGAGGGCGGCGCCGCGCGGGGGGAGGCGCUCACGCUGCGGCACGAUCUGCUGCUGCGCCGCGCGACCGACGGCAGCGCCACGCCGCUGCGGUACACGGUGAGCGUGAACAGCUCCGUGCUGGGCGCCGACUGUGACGGCUACCAGCACCGCUACCUGGACGUCCGCGAGGCUACCCACGACAGAGACUUCUUUACUCCAAACAUCGACGAGCUGUGUGACCACGUGGAGCAACUGAACGCGUCGUCCGCGGAAGAUCUAGCGCGCCUCGAGCCACUGCUGGAGUUCACGUCGCCACACCGCGACCUGCGAUACGACGAGGCCCUGCAACAAUUUAAAACGGAAUACAAUCGCCAGUACUUGGACGACACAGAAGAGGCGGUGAGAAAGAAUCUCCUGAUGCAGCACCUCCGCUUUAUCCACUCCGGCAACCGCGAGGGUGCGACCUUCGAGCUGGCCAGUAACUACCUCGCUGAUCGCCUGGACGCGGAGCUGGAGCAGUUGCGCGGCGUAGAGCUUUCCCCGGAGAACACGCGCGCGGAGCAGUUUCCGCACGACCGCGCCGAGCUGAAGGACGAGGAGGCUCGCCUGCCCGACAGGUUCGACUGGCGCCCGCGAGGGGCCGUCUCGCCCGUCAGGUACCAGGGCUCGUGCGCGUCGUGCUGGGCGUUCGCGGUGGCGGGCGCGGUGGAGGGCGCGUUGUUCGUGCGCACGCGCCGCCUCGUGCCGCUCUCCGAGCAGUGCCUCGUGGACUGCGCGCACCCGUUUGGAGGAAAUGGUUGCAAAGGAACGUGGCCCAGUCAUGCUUACGAUUACGUUCAAAAUCGGGGACUACCAGCUCUUGACGACUAUCCGGCUUAUAAGGAAAAGGUCGACACGUGCGAAGAUAAGAAAGUGCGUCCCGUCACGCGCAUCAGCGGACACGUGAACGUGACCGCCAACAGCGUCACCGCUCUUAAAGUCGCCAUCAAGCAGCACGCGCCGUCCGUCGUCAUCGUCGACGCCAAGGCGAAGAGCUUCGUGUUCUACAAGAAGGGCGUCCUCUACGACGACAGAUGCGCGAAGAUGCCGAAGAAGCUGAACCACGCAGUGCUGGCGGUGGGCUGGGGGCAGCGCAAGGGCGAGCCGCACUUCAUCCUCAAGAACUCGUGGUCGGAGGCGUGGGGCGAGCGCGGCUUCGUGCGCGUGCAGGCGCGCGCCAACACGUGCGGCGUGCUCGCGCGCGCUUCGUACCCGCGCCUGGCCGCCGACGACGUGCUGCGCGACCCGCACGACGACACGCGCGUGCGGCCCCGCGGCGCGCGCCCCGCCUAG